CGGCAGCGCGGCGGCGGCGCGGGGCGCAGUGCGCAGGCGCGGGACGGCCCUUCCCGGCGGCCUCAGCGCCGGCUCAUGGCGGCGGCGGUGCCGGGACGGUUUUAAAUUGAAGAGAAAAUGUCACUUUACGAUGACUUGGGAGUUGAGACCAGCGACUCUAAAACAGAAGGCUGGUCCAAGAAUUUCAAACUGCUGCAGUCUCAGCUGCAGGUGAAGAAAGCAGCUCUCACACAAGCAAAGAGUCAGAGAACAAAACAAAGCACAGUCCUUGCUCCAGUGAUUGACCUGAAACGAGGGAACUCAUCUGAUGAGAGGCAGAUCGUGGACACGCCACCUCAUGUAGCAGCUGGGUUAAAGGAUCCCGUCCCUAGUGGUUUUUCUGCAGGAGAUGUGUUGAUUCCUCUGGCAGAUGAGUAUGAUCCCAUGUUCCCAAAUGACUACGAGAAAGUGGUGAAACGCCAGAGAGAGGAACGACAGAGGCAGCGUGAGCUGGAGAGGCAAAAGGAGAUUGAAGAAAGAGAAAAAAGACGUAAAGACAGACAUGAAGCCAGUGGGUUUUCCAGAAGACCAGAUCCAGAUUCUGAUGAAGAUGAAGAUUAUGAAAGGGAGAGACGGAAAAGGAGUAUGGGAGGAGCUGCCAUUGCACCACCCACUUCUCUGGUUGAGAAGGACAAAGAACCUGUAGCAUCAUUCCCAUAUGAAGAGGAGUCCAGACCUCGGGCACCAUCUUCCAAAGCAGCAAUUCCUCCUCCAGUGUAUGAUGAGCCAGAGAGGCCUCGUUCCCCCACAGGACCCAGCAACUCCUUCCUUGCUAACAUGGGGGGGACAGUAGCUCACAAAAUCAUGCAGAAGUAUGGUUUCAGAGAGGGCCAGGGGCUGGGAAAGCAUGAACAGGGGCUCAGCACAGCACUGUCAGUAGAGAAAACGAGCAAGAGGGGUGGCAAGAUCAUCGUUGGCGAGUCUACAGAGAAAGAAACGGGCAAGAAAGCAGAUUCCAACCCAUUGACCGAGAUACUGAAAUGCCCAACUAAAGUGGUCUUACUAAGGAACAUGGUGGGUGCUGGGGAGGUGGAUGAAGAUCUUGAAGCUGAAACGAAGGAGGAAUGCGAGAAAUAUGGCAAGGUUGGGAAAUGUGUCAUCUUUGAGAUCCCUGGUGCCCCUGAUGAUGAAGCUGUAAGAAUAUUUUUAGAGUUUGAACGGGUUGAAUCUGCCAUCAAAGCUGUUGUGGAUCUAAAUGGAAGGUAUUUUGGAGGCAGAGUCGUGAAGGCUUGUUUCUACAACCUGGACAAGUUCAGAGUGCUGGAUCUGGCGGAGCAAGUUUGAUUUUAAAAAUCUGGCUCGAGGUGUCACUGUUUUGGCAAUCACGUUUUCAGCAGUAGGCUGGGAAUGAAGAAGAGAAAAGUAGCUUUCCCAGCAAACUGGAAACAAGCCUCAUUGAAUGGAUUUUUCACAUUCGUUGUGACCUAUGUUUUUUUUGUAAUAUAAAGCCCUUUGAAAGAUUCA